AUGCGCUGCCCAGCUGUGCUCCUGCUCCUGCUCCUGGUGGGGGUGGCCCAGGCCUUUCGCAUCUGCGCCUUCAACGCCCAGAGGCUGACGCUGGGCAAGGUGGCCAGGGAGGAGGUGCUGGACCCCUUAGUUCGGAUCCUGGCUCGCUGCGACAUCACGGUGCUGCAGGAGCUGGUGGACUCUACUGGCAGCGCCAUCUCCCUCCUGAUCCGAGAACUCAACCGAUUUGAUAACUCUGGGCCCUACACAUUUCUGAGCAGCCCCUUCCUGGGGCGCAGCACAUAUGUGGAGAAGUAUGUGUACAUCUACAGGCCCCACAAGAUGCAGAUCCAGGAGUCUUAUGUGUACGAUGACCAGGAUGAUGACCUCUUUACCCGGGAGCCCUUUGUGGCCAAGUUCACGCUGCCCAGCAAGGACCUUCCCAGCUUGGUGUUGGUCCCCCUACACACCUCUCCGAAGACCGUGGAGCUGGAGCUGAACGCUCUGUAUGACGUGUUUCUGGAUGCCUCCCGGCGCUGGCAGAGCGAGGACAUCAUCCUGCUGGGGGACUUCAAUGCUGACUGCGGCUCCCUGGCCAAGAAGCGCCUCGGGGAGCUGACGCUGCGCACUAAGGCCGGUUUCUACUGGGCGAUCCCCGACGGCGAGGACACCACGGUGCGCGCCAGCACCCACUGUGCCUACGACCGCAUCGUGCUGCACGGGGAGCGCUGCCGGAGGCUGCUGCACGCAGCCUCUCCCUUCAAUUUCCCCCGGAGCUUCCGGCUCACCGAGGAGCAGGCCCUCAACGUCAGUGACCACUACCCCGUGGAGGUGGAGCUGAGCCUGAAACUGAGCCGGGCGGGGCACGGGGCCCGGCCCCUCAGCCUGGCUGCUCUGUUGCUGUCCCAGCUGCUGCUCCUGCUGCUCCUGUCCCCACAGCUGGGCCUGGGGGCCUGA